AACUUCUUUUUACUUGGGGGAGAAAGCUUCUUCAUCUAUCGUAUUAUUAGUUGUGUCGACCCGGUACGGUGAAAAAAGAAUCUAAUACCUUCCCUCCGAAGUAAACAAAAAAAAAAAACCAUUAAUUCAAUAAACCGAUACAAAAUUCUUAAUUCUUAAUUCUUAAUCUCUCUCUCAAAGAGAAAAGUGAGCGGAAAAAAAAAACAGUAAAGAUGGUAGCUCGCCAAUUCAUCAUCAGCCACAACGACUCCAUCUUCGACGUCGAUUAUGACACCGACGACGGCCUUGAUCUUUUUAAGAACCAGCUUUUCUAUCUCACUUCAAUCCCUCCUCAUCUCCAGAAGAUCACCGGAGAAGAUGAUGAUCGGGUCGUAUCGGACGAUUCUGAUCUCACUGGCAUUUCUAACAAACUCAAAUUGAUAAAAAUCAACGAGGAAGAGAAGGAAGUCAAGGUACAAGAGCUUGCAGUGAGUGGACACAGUGAAGAGUUUGGGCGGAAAAUACGGCCCUAUAUCAGUCGAGUUCAAAUGUAUGAAGACCCAGUGAGGCAGGAGGCAGCACGGAAGACGGUUCCUAGAGAAGAGCUUGAGGAGAAAGCUUUGGUUUCUCUGGCAAAGGAGGGGAACUUUAAACCAUCAAAAACCGAACAAGACCAUGCUUUCCUGCUGCAGCUGCUUUUCUGGUUCCAACAAUCAUUCAGGUGGGUUAGUCAACCUCCUUGUGAUGGCUGUGGCAAUGAUACCGUUAAGCAAGGAAUGGAUGCUGCGCUUCCUUCAGAAACUCAAUAUGGAGCAGCUCGAGUUGAACUUUACCGCUGCAAUUCUUGUUCAAGAAUUACCCGUUUCCCACGCUACAAUGAUCCAUUAAAGCUCGUGGAAACUCGAAGGGGUCGCUGUGGGGAAUGGGCCAAUUGCUUUACUCUUUAUUGUCGUGCUUUUGGCUAUGAAUCUCGUCUGAUCGUGGAUUUCACUGAUCAUGUUUGGACCGAGUGCUUUUCUGAAUUACUAGGCAGAUGGAUGCAUCUUGACCCUUGUUCAGGAGUGUUUGACAGACCAUUACGAUAUGAGAAGGGGUGGAAUAAGAAAUUGAACUAUAUCAUUGCUUUUGCAAAAGAUGGAGUUUAUGACGUCACUAAGCGUUACACAAGGAAGUGGGUUGAGGUUCUAUCCCGACGAAACAUUACCACAGAGCCUGAUUUGUUGGCUACUCUCCAUAGCAUGACUCGAGAAUGCAGAAGAAGCUUUCCAACUCAAAUCCUUUCUGUACUUGAAGAGCGUGAUAAGAUUGAAUCAGAAGAGCUUGAGGGAUCUUUAUGUUCCACUAAUGAUUCUUCAGUCUCAUUGCCUAGUAGACAAAGUGGGAACAGGGAAUGGCGCAUUGCAAGAUCAGAAAUUGGUUUUCAUGAUAAUUGUUCUUUGAGUCAUACUUCAUGUCCCAUUCGUGUAUGCGUAGAUGAGCAUGUGACAAAGACUUACAAUGCAUUUUCCCCGCUCCUUUCUCGUUGUGUUGACCACUCUCUUCCCAAAUCAAGAAUUGUUGAAAUACUGAAGAUAUUCGAAGGAAUUUUGGAGGAACUUGGGAAUUUGUCCUAUAAAACCAGGCGAACUUCCAUAAACCUUUCUAUUCUUCAUUUGCUGCCAUAUUUUGACGAGUUAAUAAAUGCUCUGUCAUUGAAGAGAGAGAUUGAUACUGAUGGAAAAGUGGACAUCUGUUUGGCUGCUGACCCUGUCAGCACCUCUUUAGGACUGCCUGUUGUGUUGGAUGCGUUGGAUGAUUUGAUCAAUGUUCUUAACAGCUUUGACAACAUAAGCAAAGUUUCUCUUUCCUGGCCGCUAAUAAAGUUGAAUAGGAUCCAUUCAGGUUGUGUUCGUGCAAGUGGCGAGGAACUUCCUUUUGGAAUUGCCACAUCAGCAUUUGAUGGACUUCGCACGUCUAAAUGGGAAGAACCAGAUGGUGCGAGAGGUUGCUGGAUUGUUUAUAAACUAUCAGACAACCAGAUGCACAAACUAGUGGCAUAUGAUAUAAUGUCAGCUAAUGAUGCCCCAGAGAGAGACCCUAUGGACUGGGUUGUCGAGGGUAGUCAUGAUGGUGGUUCUAGCUGGCGUAUUCUGGAUAAACAAACUUCUCAGAUGUUCAAAGAUCGUUUUCAGCGUAAAUCAUUUAAGAUUAAUUCAGAUAGUGUCCCAUGCAUCACUUUCAGAUUCCAAUUUCUAGCUGCCAGAGACGUUCAAUCAAAUUCACGCCUACAAUUGGGUAGCAUAGAUCUGUAUGCAAGCAGCAAUUAAGUUGUAUAAGAGAGAUUCCAAUGUGCUGACGCUCUGUUCCAGACUUUGAUGCUAUUGUAUAACUUACUUGGUAAUAAAUAUUUGUCCAUAGAGGCAAGCAAUCACACAAUGCUUUGCCAUAUGGGUCACCGUAUUUAGUCAAUAUGUAUUCAUAAUGACCCAAUUUCUGGGCAGUCUAGGUGGUUUAAUUUCAGCAAA